GAGCUUCUUCAAUUUUCUCUCGAUCUGUAAAAUCUCGGAUUUUUGAUUUGGAAAGUUCUGGAGAUUUCAGCUGUUCUUCUUUGUUGCUAUUUCUGGGUUUCGAGCUGAUUCAUAGAGUUAGGUUCUCCGAUGAUAGAGCUCAUCGGCUUGAGAUAGCUACUGAGAGUUCUUCUAGGGAUCUUUAUUUUUCUUUAUCUCUUGCGGAAAAUGUCGACGAAGAACAAAGGAGAGUUUGCUUCUAGAAGCUUUGUAUCGAGAAAAUGGACGAUAUUACUCUGCUUAGGAAGCUUCUGCGUCGGAAUGUUCUUCACCGAUCGGAUGUGGAAUAUUCCGGAAUCUAAAGGCAUGUCUCGUCCAUCUGUAACCGAAGCUGAGAGAUUGAAGUUGAUCUCAGAAGGCUGCAAUCCAAAAGCUCUUUACCAGAAAGAAGUCAAAAGAGAUCCUCAGGCUUUGUUUGGAGAAGUAGCCAAUACACAUAUUGCAUUACAGACAUUGGAUAAGACCAUUUCGAGCUUAGAGAUGGAGUUAGCUGCAGCAAGGUCAGUUCAGGAAUCUUUACAAAACGGUGCUCCUGUAUCAGAUGAUAUGGGGAAGAAGCAACCUCAGGGAAAGAGACGGUAUUUGAUGGUCGUUGGGAUUAACACAGCUUUUAGUAGCAGAAAGAGAAGAGAUUCUAUUCGAGCAACGUGGAUGCCUCAAGGUGAAAAAAGGAAGAGACUAGAAGAAGAGAAGGGGAUUAUCAUCCGGUUUGUCAUUGGUCACAGUGCCACGACCGGGGGAAUUCUAGAUCGAGCUAUAGAAGCUGAGGACAGGAAGCAUGGAGAUUUCUUGAGACUGGACCAUGUUGAAGGGUACCUAGAGUUGUCAGGCAAGACGAAAACUUACUUUUCUACGGCAUUUUCCAUGUGGGAUGCAGAUUUCUAUGUCAAAGUAGAUGAUGAUGUUCACGUCAAUAUAGCAACUCUUGGGGAAACUCUCGUUAGACACCGGAAAAAACCACGGGUCUAUAUCGGCUGCAUGAAAUCUGGCCCUGUCCUCUCUCAAAAAGGGGUGAGGUACCAUGAGCCAGAGUACUGGAAAUUUGGUGAAAAUGGGAACAAAUACUUCCGUCAUGCUACUGGACAGUUAUAUGCCAUUUCAAGGGACUUGGCUUCUUAUAUAUCAAUCAAUCAGCAUGUUCUUCACAAGUAUGCGAAUGAAGAUGUUUCAUUAGGAGCUUGGUUUAUCGGCAUUGAUGUUAAACACAUUGAUGACAGAAGAUUAUGCUGCGGAACUCCUCCUGAUUGCGAAUGGAAAGCACAAGCUGGAAACAUCUGUGUAGCAUCAUUCGACUGGAGCUGCAGUGGAAUCUGCAGAUCAGCAGAUCGCAUCAAAGAGGUUCAUCGACGUUGUGGUGAAGGCGAAAAGGCUCUUUGGAGUGCCACAUUUUGACAUAUAAACAGAGGAAUGAUAAAAACAUAACGGUUUUGCUCAGCCCCCAAAACAGCUCAAAGAUCAGAGGAAGGUUCAGAGAUACAAUUCCAAGAGAUAUCCACUUUUGUAUUCAUAGGUACAUAGAAGAGGCAGGGAUUAGAGAUAAGUGAGAAAACCUCUGGCAAGAAUCGCAAUUGUGGCGUUUCCAUUUUGGUAUAAGGAAACUGAUCACUGCAGUGAACGCCCCUGCUGUUUUGUUCGUUUUGGGUGGCUUGAAGAUGGAUUUUUACAUCAAAUACAAAACACUAUGCCCUGAUUCUAUUGGCUCCAUAAAACUAUUGCAUAGACAGAAAUCGGAUACUAUGUAAUAAGUGACCUCUCUGGAAAUCAUUAGGCACCACAAUAAACUUGUCAAACUUAA